AUGGGGCCCGGGCUGGUUCUUGUGCUGAAGCAGUGCGAUGGCGCUGCCCAUAAACUGGUGUGUUAUUUCACCAGCUGGGCGCAGGGGCGCCCCAGCCCCGCCUCCGUCUUGCCCAGGGACCUGGACCCCUUUCUCUGCACCCACCUGAUAUUUGCCUUUGCCUCAAUGAACGACAGUCAGGUUGUUGCGAAGGACCCCCAGGAUGAGAUUACCUACCCAGAGUUCAACAAGCUCAAACAGAGGAACAGAGAGCUGAGAACACUGCUGUCCAUUGGUGGGUGGAACUUCGGUACAUCCAGGUUCACCGCUAUGCUGUCCACAUUAUCCAACCGGGAAAGGUUUAUUGAUUCGGUUAUAUCCCUCCUGAGGAAACAUAAGUUUGAUGGUCUGGACCUCUUCUUCCUGUACCCUGGAUUGAGGGGCAGCCCCAAGAGUGAUCGGUGGACUUUUCUCCUCUUAAUUGAAGAGCUCCUGUUCUCCUUCCAGAAGGAGGCCUUACGCACCAGGCGUCCCAGGCUGCUGCUCUCUGCUGCUGUCUCUGGGGAUCCAUACAUCAUCCAAACAGCUUACGAUGUGCGCUCUCUAGGAAGACUCCUGGAUUUCAUCAAUGUCUUGUCUUACGACUUUCAUGGAAGCUGGGAAAAGUUCACAGGGCACAAUAGCCCCCUGUUCUCUCUGUCUGGAGACCCCAGCUCUUCGGCACAUGCCAUGAAUUACUGGCGAAAGCUGGGGGCACCCCCAGAGAAGCUCCUCAUGGGAUUCCCCACCUACGGACGUACCUUUCGCCUCCUCAAAGUCUCUAAGAACGGACUGCAGGCCGAAGCUGUGGGACCCGCGUCUCCGGGAAAGUACACCAAGCAAGCUGGCUUCUUGGCUUAUUAUGAGAUUUGCUCCUUUCUCCGGAGAGCGACAAAGCGCUGGAUUGAUUUUCAGCAUGUCCCAUAUGCCUACAAGGGGAAGGAGUGGGUUGGCUAUGACGAUGCCACCAGCUUCAAUUACAAGGCCAUGUUCAUAAAGAGAGAGCAUUUUGGGGGAGCCAUGGUGUGGACAUUGGACCUGGAUGACACCAAGGGCACUUUCUGUGGCACUGGCCCUUUCCCCCUUGUCAGCAAGUUGAAUAGUCUCCUGGUGCAGACUGAGUUCAUCUCAACUCCUUCACCAAAAUUUUGGCUCUCAACUGCUAUGAAUGCUCCAAGAACUGGCCCUGAAAGGCCAACUAUAAUCAAGUCUCCAGCCAUUAAUACCCAUAGAAAGUCUCAAAUUACAGCUACAAGCCACAGAGGCGGGAUUAUGACCCCUACGAGGGAAACUAAGCCCUUUGAAAAGCACACUGUCACUCUGGAAGGGAGGACUGAGACCCUUGGAGAGACGUCUAUGAUUCCUAAUCAUCUUUGGACCACUGGAGGGAAGAUCAAGCCCCUUGGAAAGAGGGCUAUAACCCCUGAAAUGAUGAGUAUCCCCUCUGGAAAGAUGACAGUCACUCCUGAUGGGCAGACCAAGACUCUUAGAGGAGAGAAUUUGACUUCUGCGGUGGACACUGAUCCCCUGUGGGAUUAUGCUCAUCUUCAGUUGGAAGCUGAAAGCAGGAGACCAUCCUCAGGGCCUGUCAUCUAGCACUGAGACACAUUCCUCCUGCUUUUGACAACCCCUAUGUUCCUGUUAAUGGAAACGAUCCUUCUGUCAACUUGAUGACCCUUCCAACAAGCACUCUCUCCCUAAAAAAAGAAAACCCAGAAAAUUCUGCUGUGGG